AUGCCCCAAGCCCGCUUGAUUGGGCAAAAGCGUCGACCAACCAAGCCCCCCCCCCAAGCGGGUCCCCCGGGGGGUUCCGGUCUGAUGCUAGCGAUCCGACAGAUGACCAAGUCAACAUUCAUCAGGGUCACGGCAUCAUCUCCCUCGCUCCCUGCCAACGACAUGGACAGCCGAUCGUCGGUCCUCGACAGGACAGUUGUUCAAGUAGCCGGUGACGCACUCCCCAUGACACUCCACCUAUCCUACCACGUAUGGAUAACCCAACCAGGAGGCGACCGUACAAGAUAUCCCAGUCCCCACGCGCAAAUUGGCCUUGACUGGAUCGAAACCAUCGGCCCCAAGGCCGGAGUCCAAUUAUCCUUCGUCGACGACCCCAGAUCAUGGACCUUGCCCGACUUUCAAGAAGCGGUCAUUCAGAAGAUCCAGGCGCGUUCCCCGGACGUCGCACUGGUCAUCCUAGCUCAGCACCAUGCCAAAGACCUGACAUGGGAGAUAAUUCGAACUGGUCCCGAAGAGGGCCCUUUAUUAUCCAGCAAGAUCGACCACCCGUGGGAGUGGACUAUCCAAACACGCUCGAUCACUCAGGCCUCCAAAGAAUUCAAGUAUACGGUCCACGUCACCGGGGUCGAACCACAGCCAACGACGUGGAGAUCCCACAUGACGGGGCGAGGCGCCAUAACACAGCGGCCAGGAGGCCACGCGCGCAGGAGCGAUCCCUUCGUCGACCUCUACCUCCAAUAUACGAUUUACGCCCCGCUUGGCCCGACCCGAGACGGUGAGACAUACUACCAAAGCUUCAGCCGCGAUCACCCGGGGGUGCGCAAACGGCUAGAUUUCACCGGCCUGAGCUUCCCCAAGCUCAAGGCCUACAUCCUAUCAAUUUUGAAUUCCGAGAAGCGCUCGGCAGCCAUCGACGCCCUCGCCGAGGACGCCGAUCUCACAUGCGACCUACGAUGGCAUUACUCCAUUGUCGACCCCGGCUACCCAGAACUCCAAGGCACCUUUGAUACUAGUCAACCCGCCUGCUCGGAUGCCUUCAGUCAAGCCGUCCUGGCGUCUUCGCGCCACGCCAAGACCACCCUCGUCAUCAGGAUGCCUUACGAACACCGAGUGAUACUGCCUCUCCCUUUACCCUCCCGCCGCAUCUACUCAGGCAAUAAGCGCCCAAAACUCGAGGACCCCACCAGGCACGACGAGCUCGCCGAUGACGCAUCCGAGGAGGGUCCCAGUGACAGCCCCGGGGAUCGCUUGACCAUCCCUGCCUUCUUAUGA